GUAUCACUACUAGCCUGAACGGAAUAAACUAUGCAGGUAUACAUCUCUAGACAGAUCCACCAUGAACAAGAAAAGAAAUGGCAAAUCCAACGUUGUACUGGACAUAACUGAUUGGUUUAUGUGGAUUGUGUGUGUGAUCAUAUUUUAUGAAGCAGGUGUUUCAGCCAUACAAAUAGACGGUCCAUUGGAGCCUCCAGAUGGAAGUAACGUAACUCUAACAUGCAUUGCAAAGGGCAGUUUGCGAUUCACGUUUCUAAAUUCAGAUAAUGUUCAGACCGCUAUCGGGGAAUGUACAGUAUUUGACGACUGCUACUUAUACAGCUCUGCACUUACAGGCCAAUAUGAGAUAACCAAAACUGAUGAAGGGGCGACACUUACAAUCUUCAAUAUUGACAGAUACAGAUUUGGCAUAUAUUCCUGCUCAGCAUUGUUCAAUUCCUCUCUGUCUGACAGCAUACAUAUUCAACAAAAGCCAGAGUCAAUGGAUUUUACAAAUACGUGUACAGCUUUCCGUAUGCGGCAUGCUCUGUCUUUCACAGAAAAACGUCCGGAUAAAAAUAAGUAUUGAUUGAAUGGAAAGUGUGUCAGCAUCAGGUCAAGUGUGAGUUCGACCGGUAAAAAAAAAAUUGUCAUUAAAACACAUACAGAUGUUCAUACACUAAAAACGUUUGAAUGAUAUAUACAGUGUUGACGUCCAUUCGAAAUUAUAUCAUUAAAAGCGCCAGUUGUUAUUUUAAGUUAUUUAAAUUCACACAAAAAAGUACUAGCUCACCAGCGAUAGGAAUUAAUCUAAAUUGUCUAGGAACCGACUGUUGUGGCGUUCGGCAAAUAUUUCUGUAAAAUGUGUGACACCAUUUAUUGCUAUGUUGUAUUUGUUUAUUUGAAUGUAAUGAAAGAGACAUGUAAUGCACUCAAAAUCGAUUUCAAAUAUUUAAAUGUAAAAGAACAUGGAAAGUAAAGUACUCAACUCCGAAAGGAACAAACCGUUAAGUGGCAAAAAAAGAGAUAAGCAUCACUCAAUCGUAAAUAUAUAUGAUGAUCAGA